UUUCUUGCGUGUCGCCGCGGUGUGAUUCUCGGAGGUGGCGAGCGGAAAUCCUUGCAAUUGCAUCUUCACGGAUUAUUAUUGCACGUUCAUGCCCUGUGGGAAAAGAGGAAUUUUUCGCUUUUUGGAUGACCGGAAUGCAAUCAUGGAUUUUAUACACAUAAAUAUCUCUGAUGACAUUAAGGAAUGGAACUUUUAGACCUAACUUAAACUUCUAUCAACGCCUGGUCACUCCGCACUGAAGUCAAGCAACGGUAUCCGACGGAGGCGCAGAUCACAAUGUCCACCAUCGACGGCCUGCUUCUGCUGCUGCUGUUCAUUCACUGUCUUUCGACUGGUGACGCCUCGCGGUCGAGAUCCCAGAAUGAGAACUUCCGCAGGAUGAUGCCCACACCUGCAGUUUACAACAAUGGUUUCCAGGAGACUCACCGACUCGCCGCGACGCACGCCUCCUUCAGGUUCCCGGGCUCGCACCAGUUCCGCAAGAUGGGCAAGAACCACGAUGCCAGGAAGUACUUGGCAGCCCUGUCGCCCUUGGGGUCCAGGGCCAACGCCUCCACCUUCUCCUCGCACGAGGACCUCAGGGGGCGGGGCUCGUACUACCUCAACGCCCGCGGGUCCGAGGAGGAGGUGUUCCCCGCCCACUACGAGCAGAGGACCUGGACGGCCGCCCCGAGACUGGACCUGCUGGACCCAGACACCACGACCAGGGACCCGGCCAUCCCUGAGAAUCCGGAAGGACUCAAGAAUCCUUCUCUCCUCGUGGGACUCUGGGAGGAAGAGCCGACCAUCAGGGAGACGGACGCUUACUUCAAAGGAGAAAAUGGCAGUAUUGUGGAAGCACAGGCUGGGACAACAGCCAAUAUCCCUUGCGUCAUCUUGAAUCGUGCAGACCAUGAGACGGUGUCAUGGACCCGAAUGAGAGAUCAUCACCUCAUCACCGUGGGUCGACAAACGUACAGUAAGGACGACCGGUUCUCCGUCACGUACAAUCGACACCUUAAUGAAUGGACACUCCACCUGCGUUACGCCCAAGAACGAGACGCAGGAGAAUACAUGUGCCAGCUGUCAACUCACCCGCCUAUGGUGUUCAUUGCCAACCUCACCAUCACGCAGGCCUCGGCAGAAAUCCUCGGCCGGAAUGAACGAUUUGUACACGAGGGCAGCGCCGUGGUGUUGACAUGCACACUCAAACACCACACUCAGCCGCCAGAGUACGUGUUCUGGUACCAUAACCGGACCAUGAUCAAUUUCGAGACCAAUAGACAGGUACGAGUAGAGAAGACGCGAGAUGGCAGCAUCCUCACGCUAACCUCAGUGGGCAGGACAGACUCUGGGAACUAUACGUGCUCGCCAGACCAUGCUAAAAGUGCUUCGAUCACUCUGCAUAUUAUACUGGGUGACGCCCCAGCCGCCAUGCAAGUGUCUGGCUCCUCCUACGCGUUUCCAAGUUCCCUCCUGCAGUCUACCUGUCUCCUCCUCGGUCUCCACAGGCUUGGCAUCUGCAUCGUGGGCCGCCGUCGCUGGCUCUUCUCGUGAUAAAACAAACGCUGUGAGAAGUUCCAAUACUCUUUUCAGACUGGUAGGAUCGCGGUCGUGCGUGUGCGUUCGUCUUUUGUUUUCAUUUUCGGGAGUUUUUUUAUUCUGACUUUGGUGGUUAGUUCGCAAGCACACCGAGCCAUAUUAUGAAUCAGAAGAAGAGAAGAGAGAAAAAAAAAUAUAUAUAUAUAUAUUGUGUGUGUGUAUAUGUGAGAUUUAUCAAGAUUAUGUGACUACAGGACUUUUGAUAUGAAUCUGUAGUUUUCACACGGACCUCGAAGCCAGUGGUAUUCCCUUUGUGAACCGCAGACAUGGCCCACUGAAGGGAAAGUAUUUGACGUGGAGUGUUUGGAUUCAGCGUCUGUGCUCCAAGUUAUAUAAUGGCUUUCAUGAGUAUCGUGCACUGGUCAAUUAUCCGGAGUGGCAUCCUGCGUGCCAUACUGUGCCACAGACAGAGAGACGGGAGACUUUUAGCUCCUCAGAGUUAUUAGAACUAGUACGAUCAUUACUGUUUUAUUUUUUCUAUGGUUUCGUCGGUUUAAUCGCGAACGUCAUCAUUAGCAUUUUAGGAUUUUCAUUAUCAUCAUUAGUAUAGUAAUCGAAACAUCAUCGUCAUCAUUUUCAUCAUCAAAGUCACCCUCGCCAUGCCAUCAAAAUGUGAUGAUUAUCCUCAUUAUUUCCAUCUAAAUCUUGUUGCCAUUUCCA